AUGCCAGCUCCUAAGAUGUCGAACGAAACAUGGUCCGGUCUCAAAGCCGUUACUGCCUUCAUGGACUCGAGUGCGGUGCGUACUUCGGCAGGUAGAAUCCGUGGUUAUUUUUCCAGUUGGAAUAACAGAGUUUACACGGCUGUUGACGAGCGAAAGAGAUUGGUGCAAAAUCUCUUCGUGAUGAUUCUAUCAUUUAUCGGGAAGGUGUGCGAGUUCCGCCUUUGUUUAGUUAUGUUGCCAGCGGAACACGGUAGUCAAGAAGUCCCUGCGGUACAUCUUUAG